UUCCCGCUGUCCAUAGUUUCCACAAUGAGUUGCUUUUCUUUUUCCAGGAAAGAGAGGAGAAGGCGGAUAGUGAGUGAAUUACCCUCUUGACCCUUUCUUUUGUAAUAGUACCACUAACUUUUACCAUAACCAUCUUUGAAUCAGAUGAUCUCGUUCUCAUCAGCUAGUCGUCGAAUCGGUCAACAAACAGGACAGUCCUGAGGUGAGAGACAGUGUCUUAAAACGGUGAGUAAAUCUUAAUCUUAUGUUAUGGAAGUGUUAGCCUUGGGACAGUAGGAGUUGAAGCAAAUAAGGCAGACCCCACUUCACCCCAGUUUUCGCGUUUUUGGCUGUAAUCCAUUUUCAAUCAAGAGAAGAGCAACAGAAGCUUGCUUCGCUAUUGCUCUGCCACAUAAGAGAAUCAGAUCUGUUUGCUCUCUUUUUGUUAACCCAACAGCAAAAACCCUUAAAGAAACAAACCAAAAGAAACAAAAAGGAUGAUGGGGAGAGAAAAGUGUGUCUCUUUGUUUGCAGUUUUCUUCCUUAUGUUGGGGGUCUCUGCUUCCACUUCAAUUUCAGAUGGUGUCUUUGACUCUUUCACUACUACAGGAAGGAACCUCCUUCAGGCCAAGAAAGCUUGCCCGGUUAACUUUGAGUUUCUGAACUACACAAUUAUCACAAGCCGAUGCAAAGGACCUCAGUAUCCACCUGAUCAAUGUUGUUCAGCAUUCAAGGACUUUGCUUGCCCGUAUGCAGAACAGAUCAAUGACUUGACAACCGAUUGUGCUUCAACUAUGUUCAGCUACAUUAAUCUUUACGGGAAAUAUCCUCCAGGCCUUUUCGCUAGCGAGUGUCGUGAAGGGAAAGAAGGGCUUGCAUGCCCUGCAUUAUCGCCAUCAUCAUCAGAAAAUGCCAGUGGUAGUCAGCUAAUAUCUAAUCCAUCGCUGCUGCCAAUGGCCACAGCUGGCAUCCUAGUGUUUCUAUUCAUGUUGUUAUGAAAGCCUGCAAGUGAAUUUCAUUUAUUAUAAUUGUUUACUUAUAUUAUUUUUACCCCCACUUUUAACCUUGUGAAGAGUACAGUAGUUCCAUACCUCACGUUCUUCAGCCAUGCUUUUUCUUUGUACUCGGAAAUUUAAUUGAUGUACAUCAUUGGAAUGCUACUCCCAAGUCCCAAUAGUUGUGGGGAAACAGGCUUUCAGUUGUAAUUUGCAGCCAUCAAAUGAGUUUAUGCUUUUCCUGUGUGAUAUGAGAUGCAAGCAUUCUCUAUGUUGGUA